AUGUGCUUCUUCGUCGGCAUCGAAAGAAGCCGCAUCCGGGCCGGCUCGAGCCUCCGUGGGGAGGGCGGGCAGGUUGUCCACCUCAAGUCCUUUAUAGUCCACCCCGGCUACGGCGUCGCCGCCCCGCACGACUCGGACCUCGCUCUAGUGGAACUUGAGAGGCCACUGACCUGGUCUGAUGCUGUGAGGCCAGCCGCCAUCUACGCCUUUGGCACUGAAGUGCCUGAUGACUCUGCGGUCCAGGUUGUUGGAUGGGGCGAUACUGUGGGUGAUUCCCUCGAAAGCUCGUCGGGCAACUACGCAUCAACCCUGCAAGAGGUCACCCUCUUCACCGAAAACACGGAAGAAUGCAAAAUGAUCUACGAAGGGGAAGAAGUGGUGACUGACAACAUGAUCUGUGCUGGCAGCCAAGGGGUGGGGGACAAGGAUGCCUGUGCUGGGGACUCGGGCGGCCCAGUUUACUACGCUGACAGAGGCACUGAUGUUCUGGUGGGAGUGACGUCGUGGGGUCCACAGCCUUGUGGGAACCCCGUGCAACCAGGAGUCUUCGUCAAGGUCUCCGCCUUCACCAGGUGGAUUUUGAGCAAUGUCGUCUGA